AUGUUUUCAAGUGAUCACUUCAAUCGUUGGAUGUCAUCAUUAGUAAAUGUUUACUUGGCUGUGAGCAAGAGCGGAUACCAAUAUCUGAUGGGAUUUCUCAACUUUAUUAGAAUAUUUUUCCUAAUAAUUUUGGAGCACUAUCAGACAAGCACAGAGGAAGACUUUAGCAAGAUUUGCAUUCAUUGA